AUGGCAAUCAUUCUUCCUAUACUUACAGUCCUUUGGGCUUCAUUCAUGUACUACAGGGCGAAUCUACUGCUCACUCUCUACUACAAUGCACCCGCGCGGCUCGAGAGCAUCAAUAGAAUCGGCAAUUUCGAAAUUCGCUUCACAGAUUUAAUCCGUAAUUGCGAAGACAUUUAUCUAGAUGAGAAAGAUGGCUUUGCUUUGCUCAGCUGCGAUCCAGGAAGAGACGAAUGGAACACGGUCAUGGGAACAUUUGUAAACUCGGUUUCACCUCCGGAGACUGGAAUUUACAUAUACAAAUACGCCGAGGAUGGAGCCAGUCCCCAGCAGCUGACAUUCUCUCCGCCCAAGGAUGCGCCUUUCCAUCCUCUCGGAAUAGAGUACCACCCCGAAAGUCAGACUCUCUUCGUGAUCAACCAUGCUCCUCCUCAAUCCACUAUUGAGAGCUACCACGUAGACAUCCAAAGCAAUACCGCGGAGUUCCAAAAGGUCAUCCAUGACGCCCAGCUUCUCAACACGCCCAACUCCAUCGCGGCGGUGAGCAACACUGAACUUUUCGUCACCAACGACCAUUACUUCCGCGCAGUAGCCAACCCGCUACUCGCAAAGAUCGAAUCAUACGCCGGCAUACCGGGUGGCGGCGUGGCAUGGGUCAAAUACGACCGCGAUCAAGUUCGAUCCGAAUCUCUGUUGCAUCUGCCCUUUGCAAACGGAAUCGCUCUCCUCAAUGCCACAACACUUGCAGUAUCCAGCUCUACCACUGCUUCUGUUCGCCUGUACAGCAUCGACCGCUCAGAAGACGUUCCCAAGCUCAGUUCCCUUACAUCUUUCACUGUUCCAUUUUUACCAGACAACCUCAGUGUUGAUGGAAAUGGGAAGCUGCUCGUCGCCGGUCAUCCGCAUGCUCCCAGUCUUGAGAUAGUCGCUCGUAAUAAUGGAGCUUGUUUGAAGGGUGGACAGGAGAGCGAGGAGGUUUGCAAGGCUCAUCGUCUGAGUCGAUUCGCGGAAUGGACCGAGGAGGAUGGUGUCAAGACGUUAUAUUCCGGCUCAGAGUUCGGCUCCUCGACGACAGCCGUGAGGGAUGUUACCAGAGGCGUUGGUUUUGUAACUGGCCUUUACCAACGCGGGCUGUUGGUGUGGAAGGAGUAG